AUGGGCUCUACCCACCUCUAGCGUGUCUUCUCGCAGAGGCCUGUGACGUAAAGAGCUGGGCGGGAGGCAAUUUCCGCCAGCUUCACGGAGCUUAUCUUCCCAGUCAUUUGGAAGCGGGCAACCGGAGGAAAGAUGGUUUACAUCUCGAAUGGACAAGUGUUGGACAGCCGAAAUCAGUCCCCAUGGAGAUUGUCUUUUAUAACAGAUUUCUUCUGGGGAAUAGCAGAAUUUGUGGUUUUUUUUUUCAAAACUCUGCUUCAGCAAGAUGUGAAAAAAAGAAGAAGCUACGGAAGCUCAUCUAAUUCCAGAUACGAUGAUGGAAGAGGGCCACCAGGAAACCCUCCACGAAGAAUGGGUCGAAUCAGUCAUCUUCAAGGCCCCAGCCCUCCUCCAAUGGCUGGUGGAUGAGGAAGGUAAAUGUCUGCUCUAAGAAGCAGACAACUAGACAUACACAUGUGUAGAAGGAAGCCAUCAAGAGAUGAAGAGCAGCUCACGUAGGACAAGAUAUGGUGUAUGUCUAAACAAGGACUGUUCUGUGUCCUCACAGAUGAAUGAGGUCAUGUUGGGAAUUCCCUCUGCAGAAACUGUCAUGACUGACAUGCAGUUCUAUAAAUGUACAUGUUUGUCUCCUUACCUUUUUUGUAUAGUUUACUAAAGUAUUAAUAUAGUUUUAAUAAGUAUUUUUAGGUUGCUAAACUUGAUUCAUCAUCUUUAUAUGAUUAAACCCAAAAAAAAAUCCUGAUCUGGAAGAAAUAAAGGCUAUGUAUUUAGUUCUGGCUUUUUGUUUGUUUGGUUGGUUUUUGUUUUUGUUUUUUCAAAACAGGGUUUCUUUGUGUAUCACUGGCCAUCCAGGCUUGGCUUGAACUCAGAUCUGUUUGCCUCUGCCUACCAAGUGCUAGGAUUAAAGGUGUGUACCACCACCACCACCACCACUACCACCUGGCUCCAGUGUAUUUACUCCUGUUAAUGUUGCCUUUUUUCAACUUCAAUGUUAUCUUGCUCUCAUUUACAAAUAAACCACAAUAUAAUUAUUUCAGUAGUAUAAAUGUUUGCUUUUGAAUUUUUAUCUUUAAUAU